UUUCAAUUAAAAAAGAAAAAGGAUUGACUUCUUCCAAUGAUAGCCAAAAAAGUAGAGAUUCAAAAUAUGUUCUUGUAAAUCAUACUUUCGUAGUUGAAAGAGAGAUUAGAGGGCAUUGAAGCAAUAUAACCCCAUAAAGCGGACUCCUAAAAUUCAAACCCUUAUUAAACGUUCCAAGUUGACACAUAGUGAGAAGAUCAAAAGGAAAGAACAUGAUAUGGAAGCUGCCGAGUUAGAUGGUCGGCAUUUCGGCACUCUUAGAACACAUAAGUUUUCAUGAAAUCUCUUUUAUCUGUUAAAUAUCCACUUUUAAGUACUAAUUUUGGAAAUAUAGUGUCUAUGACUUUGGAGAGAAUGAUUUGUCACAAGAGUUUACACAUGAUCUUCUUCCUGAGUACUCCCAGUAUACCUAUCCUGUAUAUCUAAACACAGAAUCUGCUAGUGAGUUGGCUUGCCCAAAGUUUGUUGGAGAGUCUUCCACAACUUCAAAGCAUCCUAUAUUUGCUAUAAAAUGGAUGCAACAUGGAAGAAAGCUUAUCAAAGGACAUACAAAUGGGGAAAUCCAUGUUUGGAAUGGAGUCACACUGAAUUUCGACACUGUUAAUUAUCUUCAUGAAGACAGUAUUAAGGUCAUGAAAUGGGCCAAGUACCAUGAAUGGCUUAUACCUGUAGAUAAAAAGGGCUGAAUUCACUAUUGGACAACCGAUCUAAACACGAUUGCGAAGCAUCAGGCUCAUACAAGUCAAGUGAGAGACCUUGAUUUCUCUUCUUCCUACGGUAAAUUCGCCUCUUGAAGUGAUGACAGAAUUGUGAAGAUAUUUAAUUUCGGAACUUUCAAGCCCUAACCCCAAUUCGAAGGUAAU